GCACAAUACCCGUGCUCUCGCACACAUCACUACAAUUACUAGACCUUUGUCAAGGGACUGUCCAGAAGCCGGCACAGUCUCUUUUCUUCACGUCAAGUUCAUGUACGUUAUGAGACGUUCAUUCAAACGACCAUCAUGUUAGUACUGGGUUAUAUCUAUAUGCAAUACAAUACCACGUGACUUGCAGGUAAUGCAACGGUGCACUUGAGAGUUCACGAAAAGGGCGAAUUCAGUAUACGCUUCUUUUCAUAUGUACCCCGUCAUGCGUAACCUAAGGUAAACCUGAACUACCCUACACCUUUCAGUUGUUUUCAACCAACAGGCAGGACAGUUGUACACAGGCUCGCAGCGGCCACAGGAACAGGGUACAGCGGAGGAACCCGUGGCAAGAAGCGAUGACAUGGAAUACAAUGAUAACGAUGCGGCUGAAACAUGUUGUGUAUUUCAUAUGUCUGAUAACAACCGUUAUGUCUUUUAACAUAUGGUAUGCGUUUUUGAAGAACAAUCAUACCACGAGAAAAUAUCCAACACAUGUAAGAUUUGUGAGCAUAAACAGCAGGCGUUUUCAAAAUGCCUACAGCAGCGAAGACGACCAUGUCUUAUCUGAACCAGAGAACGAAAGCCAACAUACUGGUGCUGUUGGCCUUUCGCAGAAUAUCGUCACGGAUGUGUUAAGAAAAUCACACCCAGUUAUCACUGAGGAGUUAACAAAGACACAUCCUAUCAACAGUACGGAGUUAAUAAAAUCACAUCCUAUCAACAGUGAGGAGUUAACACAAUCACAUCCUAUCAACAGUGCGGAGUUAACACAAUCACAUCCUAUCAACAGUGCGGAGUUAACAAAAUCACAUCCUAUCAACAGUGCGGAUUUAACACAAUCACAUCCUAUUAACAGUACGGACUUAACAAAAUCACACUCGAUGAUUGCAGAAGUGUUAACAAAGAAACACAUUUCAGCAAAUGGCUGGCACGUUCGGCCACAUACGUGUACCAACUGUUUCAGACACGACUUCGUGUAUCUCAUACAGAAUGAAGAUAUAUGUAGCGAGACAAACAAGAAUGCACUUGACCUUAUUAUACUCAUCAUGACGAGGCACAACAAUAUAUACAGAAGGAAUGUCAUACGGGCAACGUGGGCUGCAAUCUCCAGGAACAAUACUGGAAAUGUUCGCUACGUCUUCUUACUAGGUGAAGUUCCACGUUAUGAGUUAAUGGAAAACGUAAAGCUUGAGGCAUUGCAUUACAAGGACAUGCUGAUGGAGGACUUCAGAGACUCGUAUCACAACCUGACGUACAAAACAAUCAUGGGUUUGAAAUGGGCCUCCUCAUUUUGUGACAAUGCCAAAUUUGUCCUGAAAACAGAUGAUGACAUGUGGGUGAAUGUGCCCGAAAUCUUACAACUGGUCAAUCGGAAUCAGCUAUUUUUGCAAUCAGGUGUAUUAGGAAGAUGUGGACUUGGACAACCGAUAAGGGACAAGAGAUCAAGGUGGUACAUCACUUACAACGAAUAUCCCUUGCCAUAUUACAAACAAUAUUGUUCUGGGAGUGGCUACGUUACAAGCAUGGCCGUUGCAAAACGCAUAUAUAACAUAUCACGCCAUGUGCCGUUCUUGAAGUUUGAAGACGCGUAUUUUGGCUUAUGUAUUGAAGCCCUUGGAAACGUACGUGUGAGAAACCAGGGAAAAUUUUUCUACAUGGGAGACUUUAGGAAAGACAUAUGUUUCUAUAAAUCCGAAUUUGUUUUAACAUGUCACAGUGUGCCUGUACCAUUAUUCAAAAAGGUAAUGCAGGCUGAAUGCUGAUUUCG